AUGAAUGAUCAGUUGGAGAAACAGAUGGGCGGAGCCAGCCUGGUUGAUAAGGAAGUGAAGGCAGAGCCUAAAGAAGACCUUUUACAACAACACUGUGGCUGGUUUGCACGCAACCUCCUGCUUGCCCUCACCAUUCUGGGUGUGAUAGGAGGCUCAGUGCUUGGCCUACUCUUGCGUUAUGUUCCUGAUCUGGACUCAGACACGCUGAUGCUGGUCUCCUUCCCUGGAGACAUCCUCAUGAGGAUGCUGAAGAUGCUCAUCCUCCCCCUCAUCAUCUCCAGUCUCAUCACAGGUCUGGCAGGUCUGGACGCUCGCUCCAGUGGGAGGAUGGGCACCAGGGCCAUGGUGUACUACAUGUCCACUACCAUCAUCGCGGCUGUGUUGGGCGUCAUCCUGGUGCUCGGGAUUCACCCAGGAAACCCCAACCUCCGGAGCACUCAGGCCAACGCUGGACCCAACAACCAGGAGGUCAGCAGCCUGGACGCUUUUCUGGACCUGAUCCGAAACCUGUUCCCUGAGAACCUGGUCCAGGCCUGCUUCCAACAGGUUCAGACGGUGGUGAAGAAAGUAUCUGUGCCCAUUCGCAACCAGAGCGAGCCUGUUCCUGUCAGCAGGAAGAAGCUGGAGUUCAAGUGGGGGAUGAACGUCCUGGGUUUGAUCGGCUUCUUCAUCACGUUCGGGAUCUGCAUGGGUAAAAUGGGCGAGAGGGGAAAGAUCAUGUCCGAGUUCUUCAACAUCCUCAAUGAGAUCAUCAUGAAGAUGGUGUCCAUGAUCAUGUGGUACUCUCCAGUUGGGAUCGCUUCUCUGAUCUGUGGAAAGAUCGCCGCCAUCGGUGACCUGGAGUCUGUGGCACAGCAACUCGGCAUGUACAUGGUGACGGUGAUGGUUGGCCUCAUGAUCCACGGUGGAAUCAUCCUGCCCAUCAUAUUCUUCUCCGUGACAAGAAAAAACCCUUUCAUCUUUUAUUCCGGGAUCUUCCAGGCCUGGAUCACGGCACUCGGAACAGCCAGCAGCGCCGGCACGCUGCCUGUCACCUUCCGCUGCCUGGAGGAGAACCUGAAGAUCGACAAGCGGGUCACCCGGUUUGUGUUGCCCAUCGGCGCCACCAUAAACAUGGAUGGCACAGCGCUGUAUGAGGCUGUGGCAGCUAUUUUCAUCGCCCAGAUGAACGGCAUUGAGCUCGAUGGAGGACAGAUCGCCACCGUGAGCAUGACGGCCACUCUGGCGAGUGUCGGAGCUGCCAGUAUUCCCAGUGCCGGUCUGGUCACCAUGCUGCUCAUCCUCACCGCAGUGGGUCUCCCAACUCAGGACAUCAGCCUAUUGGUGGCCGUUGACUGGCUGCUUGACAGAAUGCGAACCUCCAUCAACGUGGUUGGUGAUUCCUUUGGCGCAGGCAUCGUUGACUUCCUGUCUCGGACAGAGCUUUGUCAGAUCGAUGCCGACAUUCCGCUAUCAGACGAGGACUUUGUCCCCCCUCCCCCCCUCCUGACUGAUAUCGACCUGAUCGACCCUCUGUGCCCCCCAGAACUGCCACCUCGCUUCCCCCGCCCCCCCAAAAUCAACCACCACGCCCACCAGCAGCAGCACCACCACCACCACUACCCCCCUCCUGCGUCUCUGAGCCACUCCCGCUCUCACUCCACUCGCUCCGCUCGCUCCCUGUCCCCUCACUCCGUCCAAUCGCCCUCACCUCUGUCCGUGUGUUCACACUCUCCUCGUCCUCACCGCACACACUCGCCCCGCCUCCUGAACCGACGCUCCGUCCACAGCUACUGCGCUCUGCCCUCGCAUGACCACCAGGCAUCUACAUUGCCGCAGGACUACAGAGAGAGACACCGGGAGCGAGAGCGGGGCAGCGAGAAGCUGCGUAGACGAGAGAAAGGCCGAGAGAGCGAGACGGAGGAAGAUGAAGAGAGAGAAAGGAUGAUGGACGAGGGCAGCGAGGGAGGAGAAAGCGACGACACCGCCUACGACCGGAGUCACGCCAUCCCACCCUGUGAGCUCCCCUGAGGUGGCCGCUCUGUCACUCCCACCAUCAUCCGACCCUCAUUAGGACACUUUUACUACAGUUCCUCACGCUUUCCAGCACCUGCUCACAGCAUUUAUCAAACUCUAUACAAACUCAUUUAUUUAUAAAUUAUUCACAGGAACAUUGACACAAGAAAUGUGGUGCCAGUACGUUCGGAAAAUCACUCAUAUACUACAUUUCACUCCUGACCUUGCGUAUAUUUAAGUUUAAUGAAACUCGCUAAUUUACUCAUUUUUACUGGUUUCAAAAUGUAUAAAUGUAAAUGUGAGUUUAUUUACUGUAUAACUAUCACUCAUUUCCUGAAACUCAUUUCCUAUUUUCAUAUUCAGGACCUGAAACUAAACAAAUACAUAAACAAAGACAAGUGAGACUAGCCAUUCACAUCAGCACAAAAGUAAUGGCACCCUAUACAAGGAGUAGGGGUUAAUGUGUGUCUCUGGUAACAAUGUGCUGCAGUGGCUGAGCUGCAUUACUGGAAGAUUUAUCACGAACUACAUUGAGUACGCACUUAGUCGCCAUUUUGUCCUUUUUUUUUUUUUUUUUAAAGCUGUCUGGGAGGGUUUAUGGAGUUUUGUGGGCAUGGCUAAAUGCAAAUGUGCCCUCAAUAUGUUUUUACAGCCGAUUGGCGUUUAUUAACAUACACAAACACGCAAGUACAAAGAAAGUCAGUGAAACGUUUGGAGAAAACAUUUACACACAACUUUAAACAAGUGAUAACUGAGGCCCAACUUUUGGGACAAUUAACAGUUAUUUCACGAAAUUGAGUCGUACAUGAGCUGAUAGGCAACGAGGCACAUAGCGCUGAGUUGUCUAUAAUCCAUGUAUGAUGAGAUUGAGUAGAAUAACUUUUAUUCUAUCCAAAUUCACUGGAUUUUGAGGAACGGAGCAUUUUUAUUUUUUUGCAAAUUCAAUAAAUAAAAACUUUAUACAAAAUGUCUGACAAAAUCAUUUCCACUUAGAAUGUAAACAAACCGGUGAAAUGACAGGAGCAAUUUGUGAAAAAUGCGCUAAUAAUAAUAAUUCUUGAAAAAUAA